AUGCGUGCUGGUCUACGGGGACUUUAUCAGGAUCAACUUAUGCAGUGUGAGUUUGUGAUGACAGGAUGGCAUUUCUUGGCUCUUAGGUUGCUCAGUAUCCCUGAAUUAUCAAGACCCAGAGAUGGAGCCUCAGAGCAGGACAGACGCAGAGAGCUAAUGUUAGCCAGAAUCCGAGCCCUUAUCCGUUUGCACACAGAGAGUGAGCAUGUGCUGUAUCUCAUGGACAGUCUGUGGGACAGUGCAACUGCUCUGCUGGUAGACUGGACUGGUCUUACCUCACUGCUUUUACCUCAGACUUCCUGUCAGGAACAAGCUGCAUCCUGUGGAAGCACAAACACAUUUGGAAAAGAUGUGACCUCCAGGGAGUCAGCCAUCCAGCAGAGAAACCAGCUACGUUGCUACUGUGAGAAAUGCCACCACUGUCUCUCGCAUGUGGAGCAGCUCAUAAGAGAACAAGCUUUCAUGUGUCUGAGUGAUGUUCUCAUAGCUCAUAAUUACCAGCUUCAGAUGUGGGAUGCAUCUGCAGGCAUUCCGCUGCUGUACACCCCUGAUCCCAAACCCCUGAAAGCUCUACUCUCCUUUGUUUUGGAGCAUGUUUUCACCAACCCUGAGCUGGAUACCCACAAUAUCGGUAAGAUUGAGUGUGGAGAGUGUCGGCUGGAAGACUUGAACAUGCGGCGAAAUCUUCUGGCAGCAUACUGCAACAUGAUACUGCACAGUGUGUUAGAGAUGAGCAUGGCUGCUGAGAUUUUCAAGGAGUACGUGAAGUACUACAAUGACUUCGGCGACAUCAUCAAAGUGACCCUGACCAGGACACGGCAGAUGGACAAGAUCGAAAGCGCUCACACACUGGUACUGUGCCUUCAGCAGCUGUACUUGAGGCUGAAGCAGGAACAAGACAGAGGGAACACAAACAGUUCCAGGAUUCAGACGUACAGCAGCAUCAAAGAGCUGGCCAGAUGCUUCUCCUUCACCUUCGGCUGGGACCAGAUCAAAUCCCACGAGUGCCUGGUCAUGAUUCACAGGGAUGGCAUUGAGUUCAUUUUCAAAGGAUUAAUUCAGCAGUCUGAGAAACACUCACCACCAUACAUCUCAUACCUCACCAGCCUCAGCGAAUUUUCCAGCAAGCUGCUCAAACCUGACAAGAAGACAAUCUACAGUUAUUUGCAGAAGUUUGCUUGUGAGCAGGUCAUUAACAUUAGUGAGGAGAGCUGGAUGCCGCAUAUUUACUACAAAGCAUCUCUGAUGGGCAUGGCUGAGGGAGAAGAUGCCAUCUCCUACAUCAGCUCUGACACUAACAAACAACCCUCCCUCACCAACCGUCCAGAUCAAGCUCCAUGA